AUGAACAACCGUUCUUCGCCUCCUGUCCUCAACAAAAAGACAGGUAUCGAAUACUGGGAGAACUUUCCUCUAGACAGCGUUGACAACAUUCGUCGCUGGCAACAGGACUGUGCCCUACAUAGCCACUUCAAAGACGAACACAGCCGCGGUGGUAGCUCCCGACCCAGCUCCGUCGAGGUAUCCGAACAUGUUUCCGGCCACUCAAGGAAGACAUCAUCAGUGCCACAAUACCGGAGCAUGAGCAAUGACUCGUACAACGGCAGCCAGGAUUACAGUGGCAUUGGGCCCUCGCGCUAUAACGGUGCGCCUCCACCCACAUCGUUUAGUAUGCAGCCUCAGCCAGCGUAUACGACCAGUGACCCCACUCAGCACUGGCAGCAGGCACCGCAGGUGCAUCGAAACGGCAUACCUAGUCACAUGGCCACUCAUCAUGGCAUGCACCACCAACAACAAGCCCAUAGUCAGCAGAUGGCGGUUCCGGCGAGCGGACCUAUGGACGUCGACGGCAAUGGUGCCUUCUUUUCCGGCGAGGUGAAAAGGCACCUGUUCUGGUGA